ACAGUUUGAUUUAAUUCAUAUGACGUAUUAACUGCAAGUAUCAUUUCAGUGUCUUUCCAAUAGUAAUUUAAGUUUUAUUUUGCUGUGUAAACACAGCUUUAUUUAAUGGAAAAAAAUCGAUUAUAUAUCGAUACGAUCUGAAUUACAAUUUGUAAAAACAUAACCUACAACGUGAAAUAAACCACACAAUGUUUAGGGCUAAUUUACAUUGUUAUUACAAGUAAAUUAUAUUAAUUUAAGUGAAAACUACUUCGAAUUUAGAAAUGUUAACCAGUUCAAAAGUUUUAUUUAAACAUAAUGCGAUAAAAGAAGUGUUUCAAAGUGCGUUUCUAUCACAAGCCGUACCUAAAUUGAAGAAAAAAGGACGAGAUUUACUUAUCAGUUGUAAACGCUCAAAUCUAAAUCAUUACGCCGGUGUUUAUUAUAGUAAAUUAGAUGAAGUACCUUUAGCUUCGAAAGGAUGGGCGCAUUUAAAAUCUAGAGGAGACGUAUUUACCGUAAAUAAAUUAGAAGAUGUAAAAACCCCGACGUAUUCAUUUCAAGACGUAGGUAUACAUACAAGUUUAAUCCCGGUUUUGAAGAAUCUAUAUAUAAACAAAUUAACGGAAUUUCAAUAUAGAGCUAUUAAUGAGAUACGUUUAGGAUACAACGUGAUGAUUGCUGCAGAAACCGGUUGUGGUAAAACACUAGCAUACCUCUUACCAAUAGUACAAGACUUGAUUAACAAAAAAGCUGAAAAUCCAAAUACUCCAAGGGCGGUCGUUAUAGUACCUAAUAGGGAAUUAGCUUACCAAGUCGGAGAAAUAGCGGAAUUAUUAGGCGAAGCUGUUGGAGUUGUAGCAAAAACAGUCGUCGGGGGUAAAACUAAAUCUCUAAUGAUGAAUCCCAUUUUUGAGGACAUUGAUAUUUUAGUAGCCACCCCAGGAGCUUUAGGAAAACUUUCAACCGUUGGGAUAUAUAAAUUAAACGAGGUAAAAUUCACGGUAUUAGACGAAGCAGAUACUUUAAUCGACGACAGUUUCGUAGACCGAAUGGAAAGUUUAAUAAAACGAAUGCCGCAAUCGCAAAAUUUGUUAGUUUCGGCGACGAUACCGAGAAAACUUCCACCGGUAUUCGAGCCUAUAGAAAUGUCGUUACGACACGUCGUUUCGCCGAAAAUCCACAAACCGCUUUUGAAUAUAACCCAGAAAUUUUUGAGGUUAACUAAAUCUUCGAAACCGGGUUACUUGUUACAGUUAGCUAAAGAAAACACUCAACCGAUGUUGAUAUUUUCGAAUAAGAACGAAACUUGCAACUGGGUGGCUUUGUUUUUGAGAGAAAACGGCAUAAAUUGCGCGAACAUCAACGGCGACAUGAAUUAUUUCAUCCGAAUAGACCAGUGGAAUCGGUUCGCAGGAGGUGACGUCAAGAUAUUAUCGGCUACGGAUGUUGGUAGCCGAGGGUUGAAUACCGUGCAAGUUAGACACGUUUUGAAUUACGAUUUUCCUUUAUACGCCGCCGAUUAUUUGCAUAGAAUCGGACGAGUUGGAAGAUUGGGUAGUUCGGAAUCGUGUAAAGUCACCAAUUUCGUAGCGGGCUUACAGGAAGUUAAAAUGGUCCAACAAAUAGAGCUCGCGAUAAGGAGGAAUGAACCGUUGGACAACGUUGAUGGUAAUAUAACGAAUUUAGUCCAAAGGAAAAUAGAGAGGAAUCAAAGGGAAGCGGCUUGAAAGGGAAAUACGUAUAUUCCUGAAAGGGGAAAAAUAAUAAAUUGUAUUAUCAAUUAAAUAUAUUUACAAUAAAUUAUCAUUAAAUAACGUAAAA